UCCCGCUGAAGGGACCGGCUCCUUUCCGACCUCCGCCGCUCCUCGUCUUCUCCGCCUACUCGCUGCUGAGGCUGCCGCCUCUCCCCGGAGCCCCGCCGGAGUGAUGGGCUGCAUCGGAUCCCGCACCGUGGGAAACGAGGUGAUUGCAGUGGACUGGAAGGGACUGAAAGAUGUGGACCAAAUCAAUAUGGACAGCACGAGUUCACUGCAUGGCAGCAGCUUCCAUCGACCUUCCACUGAGCAAACACGGACGGAUUUCUCCUGGGAUGGCAUCAAUGAGUUUGGGAGAAAUGUCUCCCUCAUUGUCAGCUGCACACAGGAGGAAUGCUUCAUGGAACAAGGGCUUGUGUCUGUGGAGGGCUGGCAGCUGCCAAUGGGAGGCUUCUCACAGGCUCUUUCUGCCUCUCCCUCUGGCCUUGCCUCAGUCAGUCCCGGUCUCUCCAUGGAAGAUACGACCUCCAUCCUUCCCAAGCUGAAACGCAACUCCAAUGCUUAUGGGAUUGGGGCUUUGGCUAAAUCAUCUUUCUCUGCCCUGCCUUGUUUCCCAAUGUCUGGCCCCUUAGGGAUAUCUCGCAGCAUGAAGGACCACGUGACGAAGCCGACGGCCAUGGGCCAGGGCCGCGUGGCGCACAUGAUCGAGUGGCAGGGCUGGGGCAAGGCGCACAGCCAGCAGCAGCAGCGCACGCACGAGAGCGCGCGCAAGGACGCCGACGCCUACUCGGACCUCAGCGACGGCGAGAAGGAGGCGCGCUUCCUCGCAGGGGUGAUGGAGCAAUUUGCUAUUUCUGAAGCAACUCUCAUGGCCUGGUCCUCCAUGGAUGGUGAGGAUGUGAGUGUAAACUCAAAUCAGGACAACCCAGCGGGCAACUACUCUGAGAACUAUCAGGAGCUGAUGGAGAGCCAAGAGCACAUGGCCCAGACGCAGUAUGACAGCUGGCCUCAUUCCUACGUCUCGCAGGGCAUGUACUGCUUGGGUUCCUCCGACGCCUGGGAGGCCAGUGACCAGUCCCUCAUCGCCUCCCCAGCAACUGGCUCCUACCUAGGCCAGAAUUUUGAUGAGUCCCAGACAAACCUUCAGGAAAGCAUUUUGCUUCAGAGCAGCUUUCUCCAGCAGCAGCAGCUGCAGCAACAGCGGCAGGAGCAGAACUUCAUCCAGAGCACGGGGCUGGUCCACGUGUGGCCCCUGCAGACUGCUCAGGGUGGGGGUGGAGCUGAGUCCAGCACGUACAUGGAGGACCACAUUGAGGAUGAAGGGAACCCAAGGCUGGAGAAGGCUCCUCUCCUAAACAAGAAGCCCUCUCCAGAGGAGGAUGAUGCAGUGUGCCGGGACCUGGAAUCUUUGUCUCCUCGAGAGGAGAUGGAACAUGCUGCACUGAGCCGCAAAGUCUCAGAUGUCACCUCCUCUGGGGUGCAGUCUUUUGAUGAGGAAGAGGGAGAAACAAACAACUGAUGCUUUCUGUGAAGUACUCAUCAUUGCUGAACAAAGAGAGGGGUGGCAAGGAAUGCAAUUACAGGGAUUCUUCUCUCCAGCUCCCCACAUUUCCAAGCAGACACACCUUCCAUUCCUGACAUUUAAUUAUUUUUUUAAACAAGGAAAAUCUCAAAGUGACUGACACAUUAAAACCUUUUCUUCCCCUCCCCCAUGGACACAUAUUUUGGAUUUUCAUUGCUCUGGGCAACAUGUGAUGUGCUUGGAGAGAUCUGGAUUGGUAAAUAAUUUCUAAAUCUUUUUAAUACAAAGUCUUGGCUGUGGAUACAAACUCUUCUGGUUCUGGGGAUGUAGCUGAUGAGACAGGCUUGGUGUAGGGAGCAGCUUUGUGGCUAGAAUUCAUCUUGGCAGAAUGGACGUUGCUCUGUGGACAUGGCCCCCUUCUAUUUCUUAGAAUAUAUGAAUAUAAAGUGGUUUAAAAUGAA